GCCCGCCAUCUUAGCGCUCCCUCCCCCGGUGCGGCGGGAUUGAAUGAGUCGCUGUCCGCCCGCCUGCCAGCCCAGCGCCAUGUCAGGCACUCCGAGCCGCGGCACCCCCGGCGGGACUCCGCUCUCGCCGACUCGCAUCUCCCGGCUGCAGGAGAAGGAGGAGCUGCGGCAGCUCAAUGACCGCCUGGCUGUUUACAUCGACCGUGUGCGGGCGCUGGAGCUGGAGAACGACCGGCUGCUGYUGAAGAUCUCGGAGAAGGAGGAGGUCACCACCCGGGAGGUGAGUGGAAUCAAGAGUCUCUAUGAGUCUGAACUGGCUGAUGCUCGAAGAGUUCUGGAUGAAACUGCCAAAGAGAGGGCUAGAUUACAAAUUGAAAUAGGAAAACUGAGAGCAGAACUUGAGGAGUUCAAUAAAAGCUACAAGAAGAAAGAUGCAGAUUUGUCUGUGGCUCAGGGUCGCAUCAAGGAUCUGGAAGUUCUCUUCCAYAGAAGUGAAGCAGAACUCAAUACUGUCCUGAAUGAGAAGCGCAGUCUGGAAGCAGAGGUGGCUGAUCUGCGUGCCCAGCUUGCUAAGGCUGAAGAUGGUCAUGCUGUGGCAAAGAAGCAGUUGGAGAAGGAGACACUCAUGCGUGUGGACCUGGAAAAUCGAUGCCAGAGCUUGCAAGAGGAUCUGGAUUUCAGGAAGAAUGUAUUUGAGGAGGAAAUAAGGGAAACAAGAAAACGACAUGAGCAUCGUUUGAUCGAGGUGGACACAAGCCGCCAACAGGAGUAUGAAUCCAAAAUGACCCAGGCUCUGGAGGAUCUGCGAAAUCAGCAUGAUGAACAAGUCAAACUCUAUAAGAUGGAGCUGGAGCAGACCUAUCAGGCUAAGCUGGAGAACGCCAAAUUGUCCUCUGACCAAAAUGACAAAGCUGCUGGUGCAGCUCGAGAGGAGCUGAAGGAGGCUCGCAUGAGGAUAGAAGCUCUCAGCUACCAGCUUUCUGGUCUUCAGAAACAGGCCAGUGCAGCAGAAGAUCGCAUUCGGGAAUUGGAGGAGAUGAUGGCUGGWGAGCGGGAGAAGUUUAGGAAGAUGCUGGAUGCAAAGGAGAGGGAGAUGACAGACAUGAGGGACCAGAUGCAGCUUCAGCUUACCGAGUACCAAGAGCUGCUUGAUGUUAAAUUAGCACUCGACAUGGAGAUCAGUGCUUACCGAAAACUCCUGGAAGGAGAAGAGGAAAGGUUGAAGCUCUCUCCAAGCCCCUCCUCCCGUGUCACAGUCUCUCGGGCUACCUCCAGCAGCAGCAGCAGCAGCACUUCACUCGUUCGCACUUCCCGAGGCAAGAGAAAACGAAUUGAAGCAGAGGAGCUUUCUGGCAGUGGAACAAGUGGCAUUGGCACUGGSAGUAUCAGUGGCAGCAGCAGUAGCAGUAGCUUUCAAAUGUCCCAGCAAGCUUCAGCUACAGGAAGUAUCAGCAUAGAAGAGUUAGACUUGGAGGGCAAAUAUGUUCAGCUGAAGAACAACUCGGAGAAGGAUCAGUCUUUGGGUAACUGGAGACUGAAAAGACAAAUUGGAGAUGGAGAAGAAAUUGCRUACAAAUUUACUCCUAAGUAUGUCCUCAGAGCUGGGCAGACUGUUACAAUCUGGGGUGCAGAUGCAGGCGUGUCUCAYAGUCCCCCUUCUGUUCUGGUGUGGAAGAAUCAAGGCAGCUGGGGCACUGGAGGAAACAUCCGUACUUACCUCGUGAACUCUGAAGGAGAGGAAGUUGCAGUGAGAAGCGUUACUAAAUCAGUAGUCGUGCGAGAGAAUGAAGAGGAAGAAGAUGAAGCAGAAUAUGGAGAGGAAGACCUUUUCAACCAGCAGGGGGAUCCCAGAACAACCUCUCGAGGAUGCUCAGUGAUGUGAAAAAAGAAGAAACUAUUAUUUGCGCUUUUCUCCCUUCAUUUAUUUCCUUUUAUUUUUUGCUAUUUUUUCCUUCCAGAGCCACUGAAAACUAUUUUUAUAUGCAUCAUCUGAUUUCUUUGAAGUUUAGUCCUUAGUACAUUUUUAUAAAAAAAAAAAUUUAAAAAAACUUCACUGAACAAAACUGCCAGAAUUUUUAAUAGAUUUCUUUAUUUUUCCCUCUUCGUUGAAACACUAUAUUGGAAUACAAUAUUUUUCCCCAUACAGAGUUUAAAGUCUUAUGUAGAAUCCUAAAGCAGAAAAGAGAUUUUUAGCAAAAAWGAGAUGAGAUUCCUUGAGUGUAUGGUAAAUCUGUAAUUACAUAUAUAACAAGUAUAAUACCCCUAGAAAAGGAGUUUAAUGAAGUGUGUUCAUCUGCAGGGCCCUGGGAGAGAUUCACAGAGUUUCCUCCACAAUUGCAGAAAUGCUAGUAUUUUGCUUGGUAUCCUCAGCAAUUCCCAGCUUAGGAAAAUCAGACCCCAGAUUYAUUCAAAGUGCUGCUCCACAAUUGCAGUGAACACAGGGAAGUUUCAUUUCAGCCAUUUUUGACUCAGGACCAUGCCAUCGUGUCCUUCUCCAGGGUUUGACAGCCUAAUGGUGAAAACAUCUGGGUCUGUCACUUCAUGUCAUCAUUUCAGAAGGUGGAGGAUGGUGGGUUCUGCAUCCUGAAUAUACACUGUCCUAAGUGUCAAACCCAGAGUUUAAACUGUUUGUUUUUUAGAGAUUUUGCCAUUUUCACAAGUUAAAUCAUGGACACAAAUUGUGAUAUUCAGUAUUUGUGACUUAAUGUUUUUGAGAUAUUCAGCUUUAAAGAGAUUUGAUUAAGAUUUUUACUUCUGGCAAGGAUAAAUAUUGGGGAUUUUAAAGGUUAUCCCAGGUAAAUGUUGACUUUUUUWAACAACUAGAUACAAUUUGUUCAUACUUCUCUUACAUUCAAAUGGGUGAUGUUGGGUAUCCCAAGGAGCAAUUUUUGCAAAAUAGAGCAGAAAUAGUUUAAUGGCUUUUAAACAUUCGAAGGAACUGCUGUGUUAAGGAUAGAAGUGACACAGUGUUCACGUUCUGGAGGCAAAGUCUAAGGAGYGAAGGGAAAAUAAUGUUUUUUGUAAAAAAUGCAUUGUAUGGGUAGCAGGUAAUUUUUAUUUUAAUAGGAUACAUUUUUUAUCUGACAGUGUCCAUUUAGCUUAAAGUUUUGGCUGCUGCAUUUCUCUGGAGAUAAUUCUGAGGCCCAUAAGGAUUAAUGUUCAUACAGUGGUGCAGCUUCAAACACGAGGCAAAAUACUUGACUGCUCCAAAGAAUGCAGAUGUUCUUUCAGCUACUUAUUAGUUUGGAUACAAAAUCUGGAUACCAUAGAAUCCUGUUUUUACCUGCACUCUUGAACUCUGAUCUUGUCAUUCAAAUAGUUUACUCAUCAGACAAGUGACAAGGUUUGGAUGUUUUCGGUGGCUUUUGGACAUUAUGUUCUCUGAACAAUAUUGUGACUGACAGAUAUAACCUAGAAAGUCAGUUUAGUGGCUCUGACUGAUGGCUUUGUUGUGCAAGCAGGGUGGGAACAAAAGGGGCUUUAAGCUUCAUGAUUUAUUUUGCCAUUUAAAAAUAAAUCAGAGAUGCUACUUUGAGUGGGAUGACUGAGUUGCUGAAGUUAWGCUAAUAGACAUUUAGAAUCAUGUUUUAUUCCACUAUCAGAAGAYCCAUGACAAAAAAACGGGGUGGAGAUUUUGCUGUUUGGGCUGAUGGGAUAACUGCAUUGAUGUACUUGGCCUUCUUUCUAAUGUAAUUUUCCCACUCUGCUUGAGUAGAAGGUUAAAUAUGUAGUAAAUCAUGUCUCUCUGUAAGAUAUAUCUAGUGAAAUUAUGUUUCUCAGACAUACUAUUACAAUUACCUUUUCUAAAUUUUUUGUUAUGCAAAUUAAUGCAAUCAAUGUAAAGUUAUUUUUGCAACACACCUUCCAACCACUGGACACCAUUUCCCUUUCUGACCCACAGCUUCUAUAAUAUACUGACAUAGUGUUUAAGGGCUUUUUGCUUUUUCCAUAUCUAUAUAUUUUUUUUACAUGGGCCAGUUUUCAGACUGCUUAUCCUUUUAAGAUUGUCCUGUAAAUUUAAGAUUAUUUUGUGAUCUUAAAUACUAAAGCAAUGAACGUGUAGUUAAUUUGCAUUUUUCUGUGGUGUUUCACUUUUUGUUUCCUGUAAAGAAUGGCCUCAGAAAGGCAGCUAGAAUGAAGAAAAACCUCUUGCUACCUGAGCCAUAGUUUUCUUAAUAGCUACUGUAUGGGGAAUGUGUCUUGUAGCCUUAAGAACUGGUGCUUGCAGUUCUCUUGUGAUGAGCACUGUUYCCUUGAGUAAUGGUCUGCAGAAUUUGUCCUUAGAAUUGGAACUGUGUCCUUUARCUUUGGAAACAGUUUAUUUGAUUCUUCAGGACUAUGUUUAGGUAUAUACAGGCAAACUAAACCUGUGAUUGACACUAUGGGAAAAGCCAGCAGUCUGAAUGUGGAUGAUUCUGUUACACAGUGCUUUUUAAGAGGCUACUAAAYGUAUGAUAAAUAACUCCUGGCAGUAAAUUACAAGACACACAACUACUGUAUUCCAUGUACUUUCUUUUUGUGUGUCACCUUCUCCAGCCACCAUCCUGGCUUCUUGCUUUUUGAUACUGAGCUUCAGUCUAAUGGUCCUGUCCUGUGCCAGACUGGGAGCCAGUUUUGUGGCGUUACCAACCCAAAAUGCAUGAUUUCUUUUUUUCUGUCUUUCAAGCAUUUCUUUCUAUUUUCAGGGUAAAGUUUUUUGUCCAAAUAAAAUCCAGUGUCUCCUUGCCUCCUUUUUCUCUUUGAUCCUGCAUAUGAACCAGUCUUAAAGAAAUUAGAGAAUGGGCAGCAGUUCUGCUCCAGUGCUGAUACCUAGCAUAGMGCUUGAAGGAGAAAUAGAUUUGAUUUGUCUGUAGAAAAAUGAUUUUAAGGUGUCUCUGACAAGGGAAAUGACAUCAUAAUUAUCAGAGUAGUUACCUGAGCAUUAUUAUCCAUGUGGAUAUUCUUAUUCCAGAAAUAAAUCUUUAUUCUGGAUGAAUUACUAAAAAGUUUUUCUUAUGUGUAGAUCAUAACAGAAUAUCAUGUAAAAUACAAUAAAUAUGCAUCCUGCCUCCUCCUAAGCUCAUACCACAUGAAAAUGCUUCUCAGAACAAGUCCAUCCAUCUGCAGACCUGUCAGGAAUGUGAUGUCCUGUGGAGUGAGGUGUGGCUUCAGAGUCYCUGGCAUUUCAUGCCACUUUUUAUUGCUUCUGCAUUUGUUCCUUUAACUGUUGCAUUGCAGUGCCACACUCCAAGGAGUGGAGUGGCUGGGAUGCCCUUGUGCCUGCGCAUCCAUAUUUCUUGUGAUUCCUUUGUUCCACACAGCUGUAUUUYCUGUUUUCCCUUGUUUCUUCACAGCUCUGUUUCCCAGCAGGUCUCCUGAUGCCUGCAUGGGGUCCAGUUUGGCUCUGACAGGACCCAUCAUUUGCACUGACAYGUUGCUUACUUGUCUUCAGCUCUGUGUUGCCAUUAGAUGGGCAGUUGGCAGCAUAGUCUGUGUUUGUAGCAGGAACCAAAUGCCUCAGGAAGAAUAUAAAUACCUGCUUCCUGUGAUAUAAAAGCCAGCUGAGCAUGUGUGCAAGCUGGUAGCAGUGUGGGAAUUGUACUGCAGCGUGAAGCAGAAUGUACUGUGAAAGGAGAUCACUGUGUGUGGUGUCCAUCCUCGCGCAGUGGGACACUUCAUCUUCAGUUCAGGGAUCUUACUGGGUUUUAUACACAUUUUUCUCUUUUUUAAUGCUCAUCUUGUACAAAGGCCCUUUAACUGCAACCUGAACAGAGGUUGGGGGUUGGAAGAGACCUGUAAAAAUCCUCUCUACACCCCAGGACCUUGGAGAAUCGGUGCAUCAGGAAAGUUUUGAUGCUGUAGGAAAACAUGCAUGCUGUMUCUUCUAGAUCUCUUGUAGCCACUUCUCUCAUGUCUUCACUGUUAAACCAUUCUCUCUCUUCUUUUUGUAUCUUCUUUUGAAAGUCUUAUCUCUAAACAGAGGCCUAUCCRUAUUUGAUCCUGCAUUUUAUUGACACUGUUGGGUCCAAACCCUGUGUGAGCAAAGCCUUGUGAACCAGUGAGCGGAAGGUGAGAUAGUGAUUGCAUUUUUCAAAGCACUGUUUUAGUUGAAUGUCAGGACAAAUUAUAUUGGAGAGAUUGUUUUCUCAUUUAAAAUGGCCUGGGAAACAGAAUUUUUAUUUGCCCUUCAAUAUGCUUAGCUUUAAACCAGUUUAAAAUUAUUUAAAGGUGGUUGUUGUUUUUUUUUAUACAAGACCAUAUUUACAUGCAAUUAUUAUUUGUAAACAUAAUGCCUUUCUUGAAAUGCUAAGGUCUAGASUGAAAAAGAUGCUUGAUAUUCAAAGCCUCCAUUCAGAAUAGCACAAGUAGUGAAUUGGAGUUCCAGAAAAUGUUUAUUGAACUUCCAGAUUUUCUAGUUAGCUAUUACUGAAGUGACAAGUCUGUGUUGGUAAGGCAGAUGUUACUGUAUUUUCAGCUACCCAGAUCAUUAUGCUAAAAUAACAAGCAAUAAUUAUUUUGGGCAAGUUUAAGCCAAACUGCUUUCCCUUUGGGCACAAAACACAGUUGAUCUCUUAUUUUCAUAGCAGUGAUGCCUUGUGACUUGAAUUGUGAUUUUUAUUUUAWAUUUUUUAAACAAAAUUUUGAUUUAGAUAGGUCUGGCUCGAGGGCACUGUGGAAUGCAGUAGCCACCUCGAGUCAGCUGCUGCAGAUAAGUUUUUGAAAGGUUCAAGUUUUUUAAAUAGGGAUUAUGAAAAAGGUUGUAAACAGAAACACAAAGACAAAAUUAUGAAAAUGUUCACUUGAAACUUAGAAAUACAUCAUGACCUAGACUUUAUCAUUUCAAAAUGGUUUGUUUUUUUCUUUUUAGAAUAUGCAUGCCAAAUGUCUUGUCUUUUUCAAUGAUUUGUAAUAUACAUUUUAUGACUGGAAACUUUUUGUACAACACACUCGAAUAAAUGUUUUGCAUUUUA